AUGCCUGUACUUGAUCUACGGCCUACCCGUAAAGGGCCCCUGAGGCUCGAUUCUGUCCCCGAGAUCCUCCGCCCGUUGAUUCGGGCCUAUCUCUUGGGCUAUGCAUCUGCCGUGGCGCCCCGGCUCUUGACAUUAGUGUUACAGCAUGUUGCUAAGAGAAGGCGGAAAGCAGCCAAUCAACUCUCUCUGGACCUUGACGAUAGCUCAUUCUUCAGGUCUGCGAUACGCAUAGUGAAGACCGGAUUCAACCCACAGCGAUUCCCAACUUUCUGCGCCAUUCUAGCUGGUGGCACUACUCUUUUGCAGGAACCCUUGAAGAGUAUUCUAGAGAAAACUGCCAAAGGUCUCACUACAUUCCUUGCUGCAUGGUUUGGUCUGCGUCUUCUGCACUCAUACGAGGGCCGAGCAUAUACAGAAACAGUACCGCCGAAGGAAGGAUCGCCCCCUAAUACGGAACCUCAGACUGUCAGGUUCGCUGGUCGAACAAUGGAUCUAACCCUGUUUGCUGUUACUCGAGCCCUCGAUGUUGUUGUUGGUGAUGUUUGGGCAAGGCACAAGGCCCGCCGCCUAGCUUCCAACAAGUGGACAAAGACUGAACGAUUCGUUUCCAGAUUCGUUGACCCCCUGGUUUUCGCCUCCUCCUCAGGCCUUGUGAUGUGGGCUUGGUUUUAUCAUCCAAAACGUCUUCCACGGAGCUACAACAAAUGGAUCACGUCGGCUGCCUCUGUAGACCUGCGUCUCAUUGAGGCUCUUCGACGUUGUCAUACAGGCGAAUUCCAGUAUGGCAAGGAGACGGGACAGGCACACCUUCUUCAGGGAAUGUGCGUUGACUAUGAGUGGCCCCUUGCCUGGGGAGAUCCCGCCGUUGUUGUACCCAUUCCGUGUCAAAUGGUUCAUAUGUCAAGCGGACCUUCGUGCGAGUAUCAUGCCAUUAGUCGCUUCUUUCGAGCCUGGAAGUGGUCAAUGGCCACAUACUUGCCCCUAACGCUUGCUCUCGCCCUACGUAACCCGUCUCGCAAAGCUCUGCGCCGGGCCAUUGUCUCAUCUUGCCGUUCAUCUAGUUUUCUCGCAACCUUUAUCACCCUUUUCUACUAUGGUGUGUGUCUCAGCCGCACACGCAUCGGACCCCGGCUUCCCGGUGGCACCACUAUUGAGCGUCGUCAACACAUGGACAGUGGAAUUUGUGUUGGCACGGGCUGUUUUCUUUGUGGUUGGAGCAUCUUGAUCGAGACGGAAGGUCGGAGGAAGGACAUUGCAUUGUUUGUAGCCCCACGAGCCCUGGCUACGAUCCUACCUCGACGAUACUCGUUGGACAAGGAGUGGCGAGAGAGGCUAGUAUUCGCCAUCAGCACAGCGAUCGUAUUUACCUGCGUUUCGGAAAACCCCGACCGAGUACGAGGUGUUUUUGGAAAGAUGCUCAAAAUGGUACUCAGUGCAUAG